UGUGUCCAGCGACUAGUAAUUUUUUUGAAUUUCUCCUCAGCUCGUACGGGCAGUAUUUUAGUGUCAAUAUGAAUCUUUAGCUAAAUUAGAUGUUGAAACAAGAAAUCGGAAUUUAUUCCAACAUACAAGCGCGUGUACAUCAUGGAAGCCCUCUAUUUUCAAACCAACAGCUUAAUCCAAGAGACCCAGCAAUGCUUUCAACAGCUCAGCAGCGUACGUGUCGAUUCCGUCGCAGUGGAGGCGGAUAUCCAAACCAAACUGGUAGCGGUUAAUGCCAACUGCGACCGGCUGGACGUCCUGCUGUACAAAGUGCCGGUAGCUCAGCGACAGAAUGCCAAGAUGCGUGUGGAUCAACUCAAAUACGACGUCCGGCAUCUACAGGCCGCCCUGAAGUUGUACCAGGACAAGAAGGCUCGAAAGGAACUGGAACAGGUGGAAAGGGAAAAUCUACUGAACAAGCGCUUCACGGCCAAUUCGGAAACGUCAAUCGACAUCGAUUACUCGCUGCAGCAUCAUAAUUCGAUGCAAAAUGCCCACCGAGGGGUGGACGAAAUGCUGUGGACCGGUUCGAACAUACUGGACGGUCUGAAGAAUCAACGGGACACCCUGAAGGGAGCGAAAAAGCGCAUUCUGGACUUUGGAAAUACGUUGGGACUUUCGAAUCAGACCAUGAAGAUGAUCGAACGAAGACUGGUCGAGGACAAGUACGUGAUGGUCGGAGGAAUGAUUGUAACGCUGUUGAUUAUCGUACUGGUUAUUUACUUUUUCGUAUUUUAAAAAUAUUCACUAGAUGGCUAUAAUACAUUUAAGAUACAAAA